AAUCUCUUAUCAACAACAUUUGAAAACGAUGCGACUAGAUGAAUCAAAACAUUAGUUAUGCGGCCGAUAGACAAAUCUUACGCUACCAGGCCUGGCGCUAGCGAGGGCUGGUGGCUUUGCUCGUUGGUGCCUUCCUGCUAUGCAGCGACAAUUUGGCGGAAUUUUCAGCACCAUCAGAAUGCGCACUUGCCGCAGGAUUACAAACGCACGGUGAUUGUGACCUUUGGCCUGCUGCUGCACUCGCUUGUAAUUCGUGGCCAAAUACAGGCACGAUGGAAUCGCCGACAGGCAAUUGUGCUUAUGAGUAUCGUUGCGGCUCUCUGUUCCGUACUGUUAGGCGUGUGUCUGGCGGAGAAUAUUGUUUUCUGUACCUUCAGUGGCUUCCUACCGGUAUUACUGUACGAUAGAACAUAUUUCUCCAUUUUUUCAAUGAUACCAAAGAGUUUCACCUUCGGCGAGGCAUUCAUCGUCGUUCAGGGAAUUGUUGUAUUUUUAUACGGCACCUUACUGCAGCUCCCACGGUUGAUCAUUCAACAGGAAAAGGAUCUUAGUGAUAUGAAAAUAAUUUAUUCCAUACUGCAGGUUGUCCUGUUAGGGAUUACGACGCUUGCCCUGGCAACGUAUAGAAUUAAGCUGCUUCGUAACUCAUUCUCAUUUUGGCUCGCGACGUUGAUCACCGGGUGCUCUGUGGCGUUAUUUCCAAUCGGGCGUCUACCAACUAUCACCCGGCUGGUCCUUUUCGUUGCCAGUGAUCCACACACUCUGGCAACGAUGGCCACGUACAUGGCAUUACUGUUGUGCACCGUUUGUUUCAUCAAGUGGCAGUUCAACAAUGGACACCGCACGACGACUGCCACCCGGAAAGUGUUCCACCUACUUAUAGUGUUGGUUUACGGACCGGGACUGUGGUACCAGUGUCGACUGCUUUUCUUAGCCAGUGGGUUAAUGCUAGGGUUACUGAUCGUCCUAGAGAUGGCUCGCCUGAUACAGUUAUCGCCCAUUGCUGGCAUACUGAACACGACCGUCAAUAUGUUCAUCGACGAGAAAGACGCAGGCCCCGUGGCGCUCACGCCAAUCUAUCUGCUCGUCGGUUGCUCGUUGCCACUCUGGCUGCAUCCGUCCCCAUGCGAUAUGACAAACUCUGCCGGACUGCAAACGCUCCUCCUUUCGGCCGGUGUGCUGUCGAUCGGUAUCGGUGAUACGGCCGCGAGUGUUGUCGGGUAUCAUUUGGGAAGACACAAGUGGAGCGCUUCUACGAGCAAAUCGGUCGAAGGGACUGUUGCCUCUGUUUUGCUCCAAACGCUGGCCGUUUGGGGUCUUUACGAAACGGGAUUAGUACAACUGACGGUCACCAAGGCGGCCUACGCCGGUAUUGCCAUCAUCGUGAAUGCGCUCAUCGAGUCCAGAACGGAUCAAAUUGAUAACUUAGUACUACCACUUGUUACAUAUUUUUUAUUGACUGGCUCUUCGUGAUAAAACUAUAAAAAAAAACAUU